UAAACUUAUUAAAUAGAUAUGUCUGAUUAUAACAAAGAUAGCCCGCAAUAUAAUUAUCGAUCAGCUGCAGUCGAGGUUCUGUUAUUCACUAUUUUGUGGAGAUUUCUGACACGAGUUGGCGGCCCCAAAAUUUCAGUUUUUUUCUACAAAAAAUAUUUGGAUUUUGACGCAUCAACGCGGUUGGUGUGGAAUACAUAUGUAGUUUCAACCUUACAUUCUAUUAUAGUAUCCCUAUUAGCGGUAUGGAUUCUCUACUAUUACCCGGAUAUCAGAAGAGGAGAAGGAAGUGCUAGGCAAGAUCCAGGGCCCAAGCCAUACCAACUCACAAUGGCUUUUUCAUGUGGAUACUUUCUGAGCGAUAUCUACGUUCUGCUUCGCUACGACUAUCUAUUUGGCAAGAAGGUCGAGUUGAUACACCAUGUAAUUUCGGCCAUUGGAACGUUUUACGUUGCAGUGAAUUGCUACAUUCCUUUCUGGGGCUGCCUCCAACUGCUACACGAGUUUUCAACCCCUAUCGUGAAUCUGAGAUGGUUCAUGCUGACAUGCGGUAUAGGCAAAGAACGCAGACGUUACACGGCGGUGUGUAUGGUGAUGUUGCUGGUGUUCUUCCUCUGUCGCAUCUUGCCCAUCCCCUACUUCUGGUCCACCCUCAUUCCUGUCUGCUUCUUCGGAACCAAACACGAGUGCAACACGAUAUUCGUCAAGGUAUUCGGCAUGUGUUUCCUGGGAAUGGACUUUCUUAAUCUACAUUGGUUCCGUCUCAUGUGUCUAGUACUGGUACGCGCGGCCAAAGCCAGACUCAUUAAUGUGAAGAGCAAACUGAAGCUGCACUUCCGAUUCCAGGAGGACGACGAGGAAGAGGUUUUCUAUGACGCCCAGGACUUAGACGUAUCCCACUUCUCCCCAAUUUGAAACAUUCAGUUGGACUCACUCCACAUUUUCCGAAUUUAACAGAAAUCAGACUUUUACAAUUGAAAAGAAAGGAGACAAAUUUAUCAGACGAGACUCCGACCCAAGAACGUGCUACCCAAGUACCUAAGUGGUUAAUUGUUAUUUAACUUAUCAGAGUAUAACCUGUUUUUCGUAACGACUACUUACACUUCAGGUCACAACUGCGAAGCAAACUGGGCCUCGAAUUGCAUUGUAUCUGGGAUAUGAAUUAGUAUUGUUUAUAUGUCGUUUAGUACUGCUUUGCUCUGUUUUGAGAGUUAGUUACGUAAUCUCAACAUAGUUGUUUUCAAAGGGAUGUGUUUUGAUCAAAGCCAAAGCCCACAGCCUCUAGUUUAAGGACUGGUACGCGCGGCCAAAGCCAGACUCAUUAAUGUGAAGACUCAUUAAUUGUAGUCAGGAUUUAACCU